AUCAAUCCCUUAUAUAAUAGUAUAAUUCAUCUCCAUUUUAUCACCAUCUCGUUUCUCUCUCUCCCUCUCUCUCAAACUGAUCAAUCAUCCCUAUAACUCACACUACUUUCAGCAAUGGCGAAAGACCCAGUUAGAGUUUUGGUCACUGGCGCUGCUGGGCAAAUAGGCUAUGCUAUCGUUCCAAUGAUUGCAAGGGGAGUCAUGCUAGGUCCUGAUCAACCUGUAAUUCUCCACUUGCUUGAUAUAGAACCUGCAUAUGAGGCCUUGAAAGGGGUAAAAAUGGAACUUAUAGAUGCUGCCUUUCCUCUGCUAAAAGGAGUUAUUGCUACCACUGAUGCUGUUGAAGCUUGUAUGGGCGUGAAUAUUGCGGUUAUGGUUGGUGGAUUUCCUCGAAAGGAAGGUAUGGAAAGGAAAGAUGUGAUGUCCAAAAAUGUGUCGAUUUACAAGGCUCAGGCUUCAGCCCUGGAGAAGCAUGCUGCUGCAGAUUGCAAGGUGUUAGUGGUGGCAAAUCCAGCAAAUACCAAUGCACUUAUUCUGAAAGAAUUUGCACCUUCAAUCCCAGAGAAAAACAUCACAUGCCUCACACGGCUUGAUCAUAACAGAGCAUUAGGCCAGAUCUCAGAGAGGCUUGAUGUUCAUGUAAGCGAAGUAACGAAUGUCAUCAUAUGGGGAAACCAUUCUUCAACUCAAUAUCCAGAUGUCAAUCACGCAACUGUCCAAACCAGCAGCGGAGAGAAGCCUGUCAGAGAACUUGUUGCUGAUGAUCAAUGGUUAAACGCUGAAUUCAUCACCACAGUUCAGCAACGUGGUGCAGCGAUUAUAAAAGCAAGAAAGCUAUCGAGUGCAUUAUCUGCUGCAAGUGCUGCUUGUGAUCAUAUACGUGACUGGGUUCUUGGAACACCUAAGGGAACAUGGGUUUCUAUGGGAGUGUAUUCUGAUGGAUCUUACGGGAUCCAACCUGGUCUUAUUUACUCCUUCCCUGUUACCUGUGAGAAAGGAAACUGGUCCAUUGUUCAGGGGCUCAAAAUUGACGAGUUUUCUAGGGCGAAGAUGGAUGCAACUGCGAAAGAGCUAAUUGAGGAGAAAUCAUUGGCAUAUUCUUGUCUCAAUUGAGAAAUGCACUCAAAUUUAUCUUAGGAAAAAUAAUGAGAGACUUGUCCAAUAAAUAGUAAUAUAAAUUAAGAGACAAUUAAGGGAGCUUCUGUAUGUAAUUACGCAUAAUUCAUAAUGAAGAGAAAGUUUCAUCUUUCAUUGAAUUUAA